AUGCCCCUUUUCCGGCUGAAGACGGUCUUCCCGUUGCUUGCUUUGCUUUCGAUUGGUGUCUUUUUCUGGUGCAUGCAACGUUAUGACCAGUCAGCGUUCCUCCGAUUCAAGCACCCCGUUGACCAAGUGAAUGUGGGCCAGUCUCAAAUAGACAUGUCCACAGGACAAACAGAGGCCAGCAACACCUGCGAGGUCGACCCCAAAUUGGCCGCUCCUCUGUCCUUUGCCGACUGGCUUCCCCGCAAGAACUACACCCGUGCCUACUUCCGCCCUCGUCUGGUGAACCCUGACACCGAAUUCCACACCCUGGAGGAAGUCCAAAAGCCCGUUCUCCCGCCUUUUGUUGCCAUGGAGCGUGGCAUGGUUGUUUCCCCGGAAAACGACGAGAGUGCGUUUGUCUGCCCGGAGAUCAUCGAUGUUGAUGUCGCCGCCGAUGACGACGUGGAGGAGACCUCAAAGCUUUUGUUCGGUCUGGCCACCACUGUGGAUCGUCUCGAUCGUCUGCUCCCCUCCCUGCUUUACACCUACGGAAACACCAAGGCCGGACUCAUUGUUUUGGUUCCCGAAUCGGAUGAUGACUUGGAGAAGCAGGAGACCUACUUCCGUAACCGCGGUCUGGAUCUGACUCUGGUUGCCUCUCCUCUUGAUUUCACCGCUCGCUACUUCGGUAUGGUGGAGGCCUUCUCCGAGCACAUUCGCAAGCACCGCCCGCACACCACCUGGGUUGGAUUCAGCGAUGACGAUACCUUUUUCCUAUCGCUCCCCACCUUCGCCAAGGAACUGAAGCUGUUUGAUGAAAAGAAGAAGCAUUACAUUGGAUCUCUCUCCGAGGCCAGCUGGCAGGUGGACACCUUUGGCCACAUCGCGUUCGGUGGUGCCGGUGUCUUUGUCUCCAAGCCCCUCCUCGAUGUUUUGAUGAAGUACUACGAUGAAUGCCAGUCCUGGGGCGAGCAGCCCGGUGACCAGAAGCUUGGCCAAUGUAUCCAGCGCUUCGGUGACACUUCUUUGACCCUGUGGCCCUCGCUGUUCCAGAUGGAUAUGACUGACCCCGUGGACGGUGUUUACGAAUCUGGCCGCAAGAUUGAAUCCAUGCACCACUGGAACAGCUGGUACACUAAGGAUGUGGUGAAGAUGACUACUGUUGCCGCGGCCGCUGGUCGGAAGUCCGUGCUGCGUCGUUGGGUCUUUGACCAGGAGGAGACGGUGAACAGCGUCACUGGAGAGACUAUCCGUCACUUCUGGGUUUUGACCAACGGCUACUCCAUGGUCAAGUACACUUACGAUUCGUCUGUGCCAGAUGAUGCCAUUGACUUUGAUGCCGUGGAGAAGACCUGGCCUGAGGACCCCCGUGGUUUCGAAGAGCGCCUGGGUCCUCUCCGUCCCGCUGAGGAUGAAGGUGUCACCAAGGACCGCUGGCUGCUUCACGACGCUUACGUGGUGGGUGACAAUGUGCACCAGUUCUACGUGCGCGAAGAGGAUGAGGGUCACAGCAUGAUUGAGAUUGUCUGGCUCGGCCCCAAGGGCGGCGGUGGUGCCGGCCUGAGCGACCACCAGCUCCGCGGUACCUACCAGCAAUAA